GAGGAAAAUUGUUUUAUGGGAUUUGAGGGUGGGAAUCGGGUACAAUGACGGCCAAGAGCAUCACAGACAGAUAUAACUGGAGAGUUAGAAUUCAAGCCGCCAAUGUGCACUUUAAAAAUAGACCUUAGGAGUUAGCCCAAAUCUGAUCAGUGACACACAUCCACAUUCAGGUGAAACACAUACUCAGGGACUCAACCUGCAGUUAUGCAAUUCUGUAGACACACUGAGUCUGGCACAGUCACUCUCAUCCUUGGGGUCACACCUUGGAGGGGCUUAGUGGCCUCAGGGAAGAAUCCCAAGCCUGAGGGGUCAGAACAUUUCCACCAAUAUGAGACUUGGGGUGGUUCAAACUGUCCCAGCCCCUGUCUUCAACCACAAGAAGCCCCAAGAGAAGCGGAGAUGGUUGGACACUGCCCAGUCAGAAGGCCACUGACGGCCCCUUGGAGAAGCUCCUUGGCGGUGCCCUGCAGCCCUGCUCUGGAUAUGGAGAAAGGAAGCAGGCACAAGCCCCACUCUACCUUCAGCACGGGGAAGGACCCAGGGCAGAGUCACUUCUCCAGUCCAUUAUCUUGCCCCAGAACUUUUCUUGGCUUUAUAUAAAUAGCUGUGAACCCUCCUCUAAGAGAUAAACAGGUGAUAGGGAGGGAGAUUUUAUUUUAUUUUAUUUUUAUCUCAGGGGAGGGGAUUAUCCAGGUAAAUAUAAACCCCCAACUUGCACCAUUCUUUAUAAAAUAAUUUUAAGAGCCAUAAGUGGGAGGAGGGGAAGUCUUAAAUAAGGUUACCUACAUGCCUACUCUCCAGCCUCUUUCCUGCAUCGAGACCCAGGUCUCCAGUUCAGCAAUCCAUCAACUUUAUAACCCAGGAGGGUUCUAGCCCCUGCCAGCUUCUCCCUGGGCUGAGCAGUCCCCCAGUGAGGCUUACAAACUGAGAGAUGAAUCCUCAGGAAUCCCCAACGAAGGAGCCUCAAAUGAAGCUCCACAGCAGAUAUUCUGGACUGAACUUUCCCCACAAAAGAGAUCCCACAGGGGACAUUUAGAUUAAGAGGUUGCACAGAAUUGCUGUGCAUCUGGAAGACUGAUCCAGAGACAUCCCUCUGGAAGGCACUUAGCCCUAGGGAUCCCCCAGAGGUGAAACAGGAUGUCAGGAAGACCUUUUCCAGCUUCCCGGCUACCUCUAUUGCCCGACCCUUCCCCUGGCACCAGAGUCUCCCUCUGUGCUCUCCAUUCCCCCCAGACACACACUCGCCAUCCCUUAGUUGCACUUGCUGCAGCCCUCCCUAUUUGCUUUAUUUAUUUAUUUUGCACCAACAGGGUUGCUGCAGACUCAUUCUCGCCUGGUUUAAAAAGAGGGAGAGGAGAGGGGAAAAAAAAAAAGGAGAAAUGCUUUCUGGCUCUUUUCUCUACCUCAGUCUUGGCAGCAGUGUCCACAGCAGCAGCAGCGGCGGCAGCAGGCAGGCAGGCAGGCAGCAGGAGCGGGGCACCCGGGGGAGGCGCGGGGGCCGGAGGUGCAGCGCGAAUGGGACAGGGCCCCCAGCCCUGGACAGAUGCGGUUCCCAACUUGAUGCCGCCCUCCAGCUUUUCUGGACUGAAGAGGGGAUGGAUGUGGCCACAACUCCAAAGCAAGACUGGUCCCCGUGGUGCCCCCUCCUUUUCCUGCUCCUCCUGCUUGGAGGGAGCAGGGGCAGCUGCCCUGCUGUGUGUGACUGCACCUCCCAGCCCCGGGCAGUGCUCUGUGCCCACAGGCGGCUGGAGGCUGUGCCUGGGGGACUCCCGCUGGACACUGAGCUCCUGGACCUGAGUGGGAACCAUCUGUGGGGCCUUCAGCAGGGGAUGCUGUCCCGCCUGGGCCUGCUCCAGGAACUGGACCUCAGCUACAACCAGCUCUCCACCCUCGAGCCCGGGGUCUUCCAUGGCCUACAGAGCCUACUCACCCUGAGGCUGCAGGGCAAUCGCCUCCGAAUCAUGGGGCCUGGGGUCUUCUCAGGCCUGCCUGCCCUCACGCUACUGGACCUCCGCCUCAACCAGAUUGUCCUCUUUCUAGAUGGAGCUUUUGGAGAGCUACGCAGCCUGCAGCAGCUGGAGGUUGGGGACAACCACCUGGUGUUUGUGGCUCCAGGGGCCUUUGCGGGGCUGGUGAAGCUGGGCACCCUCACCCUGGAGCGCUGCAACCUCAGUACAGUGCCUGGCUUAGCCCUUGCUCGUCUCCCAGGGCUAGUGGCCCUCAGACUUCGAGAAUUGGAUAUUGGGAGGCUGCCAGCUGGGGCGCUACGGGGGCUGGGGCAGCUAAAAGAGCUGGAGAUCCACCACUGGCCUUCUCUGGAGUCUCUGGAUCCUGGGAGCCUGGUUGGGCUCAAUCUCAGCAGCCUGGCCAUUACCCGUUGCAAUCUGAGCUCAGUGCCCUUCCAGGCACUGCACCACCUGAGCUUCCUCAGGGUCCUGGAUCUAUCUCAGAACCCCAUCUCGGCCAUUCCAGCCCGAAGGUUCAGUCCCCUUGUGCGGCUCCAGGAGCUGCGCCUGUCAGGGGCUUGCCUAACCUCCAUUGCUGCCCACGCUUUCCACGGCUUGACUGCCUUCCACCUCCUGGAUGUGGCAGAUAACGCCCUUCAGACACUGGAGGAAACUGCCUUCCCUUCUCCGGACAAACUGGUCACCCUGAGGCUGUCUGGGAACCCCUUGACCUGUGACUGCCGCCUCCUCUGGCUGCUCCGGCUCCACAGGCAUCUAGACUUUGGCACGUCCCCCCCUGCCUGUGCCAGCCCCCAACAUGUACAGGGAAAGAGCCUGAGGGAUUUUUCAGACAUCCUACCUCCAGGGCACUUCACUUGCAAACCAGCCCUGAUCCGAAAGUCUGGGCCACGAUGGGUCAUUGCAGAGGAGGGGGGCCAUGCUGUUUUCUCCUGCUCUGGAGAUGGAGACCCAGCCCCCACAGUCUCCUGGAUGAGGCCCCAGGGGGCUUGGCUGGGAAGGGCUGGGAGAGUAAAGGUGCUAGAAGAUGGGACCCUGGAGAUACGUUCAGUGCAACUACGGGAUAGAGGGGCCUAUGUCUGUGUGGUCAGCAAUGCAGCUGGGAAUGAUUCCCUAAAGACCUGGCUGGAGGUAAUCCAAGUUGAACCAUCAAAUGGUACCCUCUCUGACCCCAACAUCACCAUGCCAGGGAUCCCAGGGCCUUUCUUCCUGGAUAGUAGAGGUGUGGCUAUGGUGCUGGCAGUUGGCUUUCUCCCCUUUCUUACCUCUGUGACCCUCUGCUUUGGCCUCAUUGCCCUCUGGAGCAAGGGCAAGGGACAGGUCAAACAUCAUAUGACUUUUGACUUUGUGGCGCCCCGGCCCUCUGGAGAUAAGAGCUCUGGUGGUAAUCGGGUCACUGCCAAGCUCUUCUGACCUCUCCUUCCACACUGGGGACCCAGCCAAGCCAGCUUCAGAUACCAAAGGGGAAGACAGAACCAAGAUUACUUAGCCAGAAUUUAGUCCUGAGCAGCACAGAUCAAUAUCUCCUGCCUGCAAGUCCACCUCCUGAUAGUCUGCCUCCCUGUGCUUUACCAAUGGGGGGCAGCAUUGUCAUCUCUUCCCUGAGGCUCUCAGGGAACUAAGGAAAGAGACCUUGUCAUCACACCAACCCCAACCCCCCCCCACAACACACACACAUACACACAAAGUAGGAAACAUUACCAAAGCAUCCAGGCUCUGGUCUGCUAGUCUAACCACUAAGCUUUCUUCUCACACUCUAAUAACCAAUACUAAUUGCCAAUCAAUGCUAUACGAUUAUUUCAGAGGUGGGACUGGGGAAUACCAUUUACUUCUUGGAGUAUCUGCUCUGCUCCUCAACCAGGUUGUCUCCUUCUCUUUUCUGCCCUGCCCCCUACUCAGUCACAAGAAACGAGAACCAAGGACCCCACUGCUAAGGAGAAAAGGGUGUGACUGCGGGAUGUGGGAGGAUAACCUGCACACUGGCACUGUAUCUGCAUGAGCUUCCACCAUC